GUGAUGGAGGCGGUCGUCUGGAGGUGCUCGUCUGGAGGUCCGUGGCGGUCGUCUGGAGGUGCUCGCCGUGAGGUCCAUGGCGGUCGUCUGGAGGCGCUCGCUGCAGGUGGAGGGAAGGCCGGGAGCCGUGCAGCCCAACGGAUGCAGAACGAAGGACUGAGGCGGAGGUCCUGGAGGCAGAGGCCAGCCUGGAGGCGGCGGUGGCCUGGAGGUCCUGGAGGCGUCCAACCUGGAAGGGGCGGCAUGGAGGGCCAGGUGGCGGCUCCUCAUCCAAAGGGCCUGGAGGCGGCCAACCUGGAAGGCCUGGAGACGGCCGAGGUCCUGGAGGCAAUGGCGGGCCUGGAGGUGGAGGCCAACCUGGAGGUCCUGGAGUCGGUGGGCCUGGAGGCGGCGGUUGGGUCCAACCUGGAGGGCCUGGAGGCGGUGGUGGAGACCAACCUGGAGGCGGUGGUUGGGACCAACCUGGAGGGCCUGGAGGCGGUGGUUGGGACCAACCUGGAGGGCCUGGAGGCGGUGGUUGGGACCAACCUGGAGGGCCUGGAGGCGGUGGUUGGGACCAACCUGGAGGUCCCGGCGGUGGCGUCCACCUGGCGGCAGUCAGCCUGGAGGGCCCGGCGGCGGCGGCGUCCUGGAGGGCCCGGCGGCGGCGGCGUCCUGGAGGGCCCGGCGGCGGCGGUUCCUCAACAAAAGAAAUGAGGCGACGUUGCGGAGGUCCAGGCGGUUGGCCCGGUGGAGGUCCUGGAGGAGACGGUCCCGGCGGUGGAGGACGGCUGGGGGAUCCGGCGGUGGAGGUCCGAAGGCGGCUCGUGAUUAGACCAAGCAGCUCCUCAUCCAUGGAAGGAUUGAAGGAGUCACUGGGGAUGAAGAUCACUGCUCAGGGGCUGACGACCACUCAUCUUUCCGGAGAAGCGUCCUCAUGGUGUAGGCGGUCAAACGUCCACCUCUUUGAAGAGACCAAGCAGCUUGAUGACUGACUGGUUCUUUAUAAUCAAGACCUCGUCCCGGAGCAGAGGACGGACCUAAGGCCCGCAGCGCAGCCGACUAGAGACUCCAUGUGGAACCGAGAAUAAGAUCUGACUUCAGCCAAUCAGCGGGAUGUCCUUGAACAAGAGCCAAUGGCUGAAGGUUCAAUUAAGUUGACCUCUCCUUCAGGCGACUUAAAGGGAGACCAGAUGUGCGGCAGCUGGGUGUCAUGGUGCAGAGACCCAACGCUGUACUGAACUACACCAGUGUGUCCUACUCCCCAUAAACCCUGAGGAUCCCUGGAUGGCUACACCAGCACAUUAAUCCACACCCAACAUCAACACACAGUGCACACUCUAUAGAGCUCGUAAGUCCGCCCCUUGCGGCGGGACCUCGUGAGAUCGUAAGAUAUGACUGGGUUUCAAUGGAGAGAAAGUAAUUAUUUUCUCCAUUUUAUGUUGCACCACAUUUUGGGGGAAGAAUGUUUGAAUCAAUCUUUGUCAUUCAUUUCUGUACUCCAUAUCUGUAAUCCCAGCUGUUGUAUUUUAACACGGUAGCUGGGAACCCUCUUUAUAGGGAGCGACUAGAGGGACGAGGCUGGAAGCAAACCUGAGCCUGGAUCUUAACCUUCUUGCUAAACCUAAUGCCGCAAUUUAACCGCAAAUAAAGUGAGGCCUAAAGUAACUUGACUCUCUUACCUCAACUUGCUUGCCUAAACUCGCUUGUCUAAACUCGCUUGCAUAAAACCUAAACUCGCUUGCAUAAAACCUGAACUUGCUUGGCUAAACUCGCGUCGCUUGCCUAAUACCUGAACUUCCUUGCCUAAACUCGCUUGCCUAAUACCUGAACUCGCUUGCCUAAACUCACUUGCCUAAACUCGCUUGCCUAAACUCGCUUGCCUAAUACCUGAACUCGCUUGCAUAAAACCUAAACUCGCUUGCAUAAAACCUAAACUCGCUUAGCUUGACUCGCUUGCCUGUACUCGCUUGGCUAAACUCGCUUGCAUAAAACCUAAACUCGCUUGCAUAAAACCUAAACUCGCUUAGCUUGACUCG